AUGGAUGAUACUGAGCGUCGCACAGCAAAAAGGUCGCGCUUCGAUCAAAAGGAGCCUGAGCCGAAGAGGACCUCCAGAUUCGAUAGACGCUCAAGAUCACCACCUGCGAGAAAGGUAGAGUCAAGGCGAAGCAGAUCUCCCCUUGCACGACGCACUUCUCGUAGCCCAGCUCCUGAUUCCGCGAAGAAAAAUGGUGCAGAUCCAGCUGCCGCUGCAGCUGCCGCUGCCGCAAAAAUCAAUGCACAAAUUCAAGCUAAGAAAGGAAUUCAACAUGCCGAUGUGCCACCUAUCCGCGCAACCGAAAGUCCAGUCGGAAAGUCAGCAUCUCCAGGAACCCCAGGACCCGGAGCAGGUAACAGUGCAAGCAAUAUAAAUGGUGAGAUGUACAUCGCAGAUGGCGAUUAUAUCAAAGAUAUCGAAGUCAACGAUUUGCGAAACCGUUAUACACUGACUAAAGGUUCUACUCAAAAGAUGAUUAAGGAAGAAACCGGCGCUGAUGUCACCACACGAGGAAAUUAUUAUCCGGAUAAGAGCAUGGCCACGGCUGCUAAUCCCCCACUUUAUCUCCACGUUACGAGCCAAACCAAGCGAGGUCUCGAACAAGCAGUUCAGAAGAUCGAAGAACUAAUGAAGCAGGAACUUCCUAACUUGGUCGAUGAACGUCGAUUCCGUAGACGCGAGCCUGAGCAAGUUGAAAGAGACGAGUUUGGAAGACGCAAAUGGCCGGAAGAGAAGAUUGCCAUUGAUUUUGAACCCAUUCCAGGCUUUAACCUUCGUGCUCAAGUUGUUGGUCAUGGCGGAGCUUACGUAAAGCAUAUUCAACAGGAAACUAGAUGUCGUGUUCAAAUCAAGGGACGUGGUUCUGGUUUCAUGGAGCAUGGCACCGGUCGCGAGAGUGACGAGGAUAUGUAUCUCCACGUUGCUGGCCCUGAUCCAAAUGAGGUACAAAAGGCCAAGGAGCUUUGUGAGGAUCUUCUCAAGAAUGUUCGAGAGCAAUACGAAGAGUUCAAGGCUCGUCCACCUCAACAACGUGGUUAUGGCCAAGGCACCGGUUACUCGGGAGAGCGAGGCUAUGGUGACCGGGCUCCAGACAGAUCUAAUUCGUAUGGUGGCGGAUACAAUAACUAUAACAAAUCACCAGCUCCCAACACUCCUAAUGCAGGUAGCCCUUCAACUCCUGGAGACUAUGGCUCAGCACAUGCCGCUCAAUACUAUGCUACAGGUGCUGAUCCUUAUGCUCAAUAUGGUGGUUAUGAGGCAUACGUUCAAUACUAUCAGCAGUACAUGGCUGCCAUGGCUCAGUAUCAGCAGCAGCAACAGGGUGCUCCUGGUUCAGGUCCUCCACCACCUCCAAGCGAAGCACCUCCCCCACCACCUGGUGGAUCGGCGCCUCCUCCACCAUCAGGUCCACCACCAGGAAGUAAUAAUAGUUACAGCGCCGUUCCACCUCCACCCGGAAUGUGA